AUGGCAGUCUCUCUGGCUAACCCCUCUAGGGGUCCGGUCCUUGCGCAAUCCUCCACAGUUCUGCUGCGUCUGGCAGUCCCGUCCGGUCUCCACCUCCCCUCGUUCUCCACUAACUUGGUGAGUGGAGCUGACCUUCAGGACGUGUGGGUUGACCAGUUCACUCCUGGAGGUCAGCGGGUGACCCACUGUACGUGUACACGGACGGGCCGGCAUCUGGCCACGUUUACUCGUCAGCCUGGGUCCAACCUGUACACCGUGACUACCGUGUCUCCUCCAGUUACUGCGUCUGGUCAGGUAGCUGCGUCUGGUCAGACUCUCCUCUGGCACCACCGCCUUGCUCACCCCUCCCUACCUCGUCUCCGAGGCAUGGCCUCUCGUGUCCUUGUCACUGGUCUUCCCCGGUCUCUCCCUCCCCUUUCCCCGGGGCCUGCCCCUACCUGCAUUCCUUGCAUUGAGGGGCGGCAGCGCGCUGCUCCUCACUCCUCCGAGUUCCCUCUGACGGAGGCUCCCCUGCAGACUCUUCACAUGGACGUGUGGGGCCCAGCCCGCGUCCGUGGACAGGGUCACGAGCGUUACUUUUUGCUGGUCGCUGACAACUACUCUCAUUACACCACAGUCUUCCCCUUGCACCGCAAGGAUAAGUACGCUGCGCAUCAGCUCAACCUCCAGCCCCGGGUCUACAUGCCGGAGACCACACCUACUCUACGGUGGACGGGGAAGGUUGGCGAUGCGUCUGCGUUCUGUGUCUGGGGAUCUCGAGCUUUUGUCCGCGAUUUGUUUGCGGACAAGCUCUCCUCCCGUGCUGUUCCCUGCGUCUUCCUUGGCUUCCCCCCUUACGCGCCUGGUUGGCAGUUUUACCACCCCACCUCGCGCCGUGUUCUAUCCUCUCAUGACGUCACGUUUGACGAGUCGGUUCCUUACUACCGUCUCUUCCUCUACCGCACUGCCCCUCUCCCCCCCCUGCCGCUCUUCCUAGCGCCAGACGCAGUCGAGCCUGUUGAGGUAGCUAUUGAAUCUGGUGCUGCUAGGGGUGCUGAGCCUGCGGGUGUCGGGUCUGGGGGUGCUGAGCCAGGGGGUGCUGGGUCUUGGGGUGCUGAGCCUGGGGGUGCUGAGCCUGAGCGUGCGGAGCCUGGGAUUGCUGAGCUUGGGGGUACUGCGUCUGGGGGUGCUGAGCCUAGGGUUGCUGAGUCUGAGGGUGCGAAGCCUGUGGGUACUGAGCCUGCGCGUGUGGAGCCUGGGAGUGCUGAGCCUGGAGGUCCCUUGGGUGCCUUGUCCCGGCGGGAGCCACUCUCUCCACACCAGCUGCGCGAGUGGUUUACUCGGCGCUGGAGCCGUGCUGCUGGAGCUAGUGGUGCUACUGGAGAUGGGGGUCUUGCUACUACUGGAGAUGCUGGGGGUUCUGGAGCCACUGGUCCCGGAGGUGCUCUUACAGGAGGUACUGUAGCUGCUGGGCCUGGUGGUGGUGCUAGAGCUGGAGCUGCUGGAGGUGCUGGAGCUGGCGAUACUGCUGGAGCAGGUGCUGUUGGAGGUGCUGCAGCUGGCGCUACAGGAGCUACUGGGACUUCUGGUGGUCCUGCUGGAGCUGGGUCUGCUAGAGGUGCUGGAGUUGGCGCUGCUGGAGCUGCUGGAGGUGCUGCUGAGGCUGGUGGUGGUGCAAAACUUGGAGCUGACGCUGGGGGUGCUGGUGCUGUCUCUGCUGGUUCUAGUAGUGCUGCACGGCCGCCGCCGUACUUCGUUCCACUCCUUCAGCAGGUUCUUGGUCUCCCGCCUUCUACUAGUCUUACUCCUCUCUUAGAGUGUCCACCGCCGGUUCAGUCGCAGUCACAGCUACAGCCCGCCUCCCCACUGCCUACUCCUUCUCCUUACACUGGUCCGAUUGGAGGUCUUGCUGAGCGUCGUGAGCCUGCGUCUUGCCCUGCGUCGCUUGUUCCCGCUGCUCGCACUCGUUGUCGUGGUUCGCGUCAGUGUCCUCCUCCUGUCCCCGGCACGCACCAGAUGGCACACCGUCCUUCCACUGCUCCACAGCGUGUCCCUCUGCCGUCUCCUCCUGUGUCCUCCCUUCCUGUCGGUUUGGACCCGGAGUCUGACUCCCUUCGUGCUGCUAGUCCUACUAUCACGCGUCUCCUGGCCACUGUUCUCACUGACCCUUCCUUUGAGUCUACUGCUGCGUCUGCUCUUGUUGCUGGGCUUGUCGACUUUGCUGCUCGUUGUCGUCUAGACUACGCCGCUAGUCUUGUUGCUGAGUCUGAGUCUGUCUGUCCUCCGUCCGUCGGGGGUGAGUGUGCCCUUAGCAGGGACAUCCUUGAAGACAGGCAGGAAGAGUUCCAGUCCUUUGCUGCUGCUUUACCUCAUCUCGUGUCCAUGCUGCUUACCCCUGAGGGAGACCCGGAUGCACCAGACAUUCCGACCCCGCGCUCUUACGUAGAGGCAAUAGAGGGUCCCUACUCCUCUCAGUGGUAG